CAAAAUUGAAGUUAUUUAUUCGGAUAUAAUACCACUACUUUAAUACAGCUCUAGUAAAACACUUUGUUUUUUUCAGGCGAGGAAGAAGUUGAUGUUGAUAUUAAUACAGAAAGUAAGAAUAUAUAUUUUUUAUGUUAAUUCACCUCCCUAAAGGCUGAGAUGACCACUACAAUCGAAGAGGCUACUUGCAGUUUCAACCCUCUCUCAACUUCAUAACUCUGAAACACAAACCUUGACGAACAAGGCUGCUGCGUGAAGAAACAAGUUCAUUAAUUAGUAAUUUUAUGAAGAGUAGAGCAGGAGCUAAUAAUAGCCUACAUAAUAAUAUAAAACUAUCUACAUUUCCACAGCCACCUGCUAAAUUAGGCAAAAUGUUACCAUCAAAUAUUUCACUAUAUAAAAAGGUUGUGGAUGUGGUACCACAAGGAUAUAAAAGUGAUCAUGCAACUAAACUAUCACCAAUUCCACAGUCACCUGGUCUUUCAAGCUGUUAUUCUAAGAUACCUUCAUUCAAAUCAAGCAUGGUGACUAUACCAAAAGAAAAUAAAAUGGAUCAAUCAACUAACCAAUCAGCACUUUCUCCUUUUCUGUUACCCCGAAAAUUUGAUUCUAAAAUACCAAUAUUCAGACAGAGAGCUGCCACAUCAAAAGACAAUGUAAUAGAUCGAUCAAUGAAACUAUCAGCAUUAAAUAGAAAGUUUCAAGCAAACAUGAUACUGAGUGAGCCAACUGCUCCUCAAGAAAAUGAAAUCGAUAAUGGGAAGUUUCAGAGAAAAGUUCUUUAUCAGUUAUCAAAUAUGGCUAACGAAAUUAAAGAUUUACGAAUAGCAGUGGAAAUGAUGGCUGUACCAAGUUUAGAGACUGUUGCUGAGGUCCAUCUAGAAGUUAUAGCUGGAGCUAUUGGGACCUUGAAUGGAUACAGAAAAUUAGAGGAGCAAUGUGGAGUUCUUGCUAAUCGAACAAUUUUACUUCGCCUUCUUCAACGAAUUGGAGGGUCAUCCAUUAAAGAUACUUCAAAGAAUCUAUUGAAAAGACUUUUUACAAAUUUUGUUAUGUCUCAUUUGAGUAUGGAUGGUAAAGGUUCUCUUAAAAAGCUUCCGUUUAGAGACUCUGCUCUGUGUCAACUUGUUGUUGGUAAAAUAUUAUUUUUAUAUUUUUUGUAAUUGAAAUUAAAUUCAAUUGUAUUGAAACGAUAUUCUACGUCUUCUUUGUCCGAAAUACAUUCGUGCAUUGGUUCUCAUCUUAGAAUGGCUCCGUUUCGUUUAGGUGGCACUGGGAAAGGUGGCGCCCAUUUUUCCAAUUCUCAAGAUGGAGAGGCUGGCUUGAACGAUUCAAGCAAAGAUGAUGCUUAUUGUCAUGGAAGCGAUCAUGAUAAUGAUAAAUACGAUAAUUCAUAUUAUAAUAAUUAAAAUUAGUGUAAAUAUGUUUAAGACUUGCAUUUAUGAAAAAAAAUAUCUGUAUGUUUGA